AGCCGAGUCAUUUCGGUUAGUUCCAACCCCAACAUUCUCACCCAGCCUCACCAAUUACAUUUGCUAUAUCCGGUCGUCCUACAGUCAACAUGUUUGAUUGAGCAUUUGGGCAUUGGGAUUUUCUUGGGUGACUCGGAACUCCGGCUGGAGCUUAUAAAUGAGCUCUUACAAAUUAUAGGCCCUGGCGAGCCUUGCGCCGCAAAUGUUGGCUCCGGCGAUUUCUAGUCCACGCCGCAUUCCUCACAGAACAUAUGAUAUAUUAACCCUCCGUGCUUCCACCGUCUUGUCUUUUUCUAGCGAUGGAACAAUAUUCACAUUCGAAGUGUCAUUCACUAUCAGUCAUUGAUACCUUCGUCGACUUAAUUAUUGUCAGACCCUCAAUACAACGCCGAAAACAUGUCUCGUUAUGCUAAAGCACAUGAAGAGAGAAACGGACCAGGCGAUGCCAGGCCUACUGCUCUCCAGAUAAUCAAGGAUGAAGGCCGUGAAGGUACCCUGGCAGACAAAGUCUUCCUGGUUACUGGCGCUUCGUCAGGCAUAGGCAUUGAGACCGGCCGUGCUCUUGCUGCCACCGGCGGCAAAGUGUUUCUUGCUGUCCGUGACCUCGAGAAGGGCAAAGCUGCUUGUCAGUCGUUUUUAGAACCCGGUCGAGUCGAGCUGAUCGAACUUGACGUCAGUAAGCUACAAUCAGUUCGACAAGCUGCUGCUACUUUUUUGCAACAGUCGAAACAACUUAACGUCCUCGUCUGCAAUGCCGGUAUCAUGACGGUGCCAACACGAGAGGAAACCGAGGACGGAUUCGAGAUGCAGCUCGCAACCAACUAUUUAGGCCACUUCCUCCUUUUUUGGUUACUUAAGGACGUUCUACUCAAGUCAUCAACACCCGACUUCCAGUCCAGGCUGAUCAAUGUUUCCAGUUCUGGUCAUCAUGCAUCCGAAAUUGUGUGGGAUGACUUGAACUUGACGAAAGAGGGAGCCUAUGAUCCCACGGGUGCAUACGGCCAGUCGAAACUUGCGCAGAUCUAUCACGCAAACUAUGUUGACCGAAACUUCGGCUCUGAAGGCCUCCACGCUCUCAGCCUCAUGCCGGGUGGUAUUAUCGAGACCGGUUUAUCGAAAUACACACCCAAAGAAAUGGUGGAUGGUUUCAGGCAGCACCCAGUGUUAUCGAAGUGGGUAAAAAGUCGUGAGCAAGGUGCUGCUACCACUGUUAUAGCCGCUGUGGGGAAGGAAUGGGAAGGCAAGGGCGGUGAAUACUUGGAGGACUGUGUAGUGGCACCAUCUGGGGAGUUCAUGCCCAAUCUCAUGGGCAUCAAGGAGUACAUACACGAUGAGUCUAAGGAAAACAAACUUUGGGAGUUGACCUUGAAGACGCUUGGGCUGUAGAGCUCCAAAUGCACAAAUGCAAGCAGGAGGCUCCCAGGGCCUAUCAUUGUCAGGGAGCAGAGCAUGACGUACUUCGAUGAAAUAGCCAUAUGGCAAGAUCUAGACAAUGGGUCGUACUCCAUGUACCACAAGUUAAUAGCGUCUCCCUCGUUUCCUAUAAAUUGUUGUAUUCUUGUAUUGGCUGAGUCAGCAAAAGGCGCGUAGCGCUAACUGGAUUGCAAUUUAGUGAGACGGAUAAAGGAAGUCAUGGACAAAACAUCAACGUCUCAUUCCGUAUGAAUGGCAGGACCCGUCUAGUAACAGAGAAGAGGGUGGUGGUGGCAAGAAUAAGGACUCUGUCGACAAUGAAGGAGAUUAUAACCUUGGCCUAAACUACGAGGAGUUGAAUAUUCU